AUGACAAAAGAAGCAUUAGCGAUAUCCCAGGUUGGAAAGGAACUAGAAGACAAAACUCCCGAUAGAUUGGAUGCUGUAGGCGUCAAAAAUAAUAAAAAUGGUGGGCCUGAAGAGGCUGCAAGUCACGAAUUUGCAAUCCAAUGUCGUAACGUUGUAGAUGAGCUUGCAGGGAUGCUCUCCAAACGUGAAAACUGUGGUAAAAUUAGUAUUGUGGUGGCGCCCUCUGGAUAUAUAUCUGAAGCAAAGAAAGCCGGACGGGAGCAAGGCAUAAUCUUGACAAACGUAAAAGAUUUAUGCAAUGAUCUUUUUGAUAAAAUUGCCAAAAAAUGGGACGCUAUUAGGAACGCUUUUUUGGUUAGAAUCAAUAAAUACAAGACUGUUUCAGACCUCAGGAAAGACAUUUGGAAGGAAAUAAGCAAUGACUUUGAAGGUGCAUAUAAACUGAUUCUAUUUAAGGUGGAUAUUCCUGUUAAUGAUGACACAGAUCCGGGAAGUAAAAUACUUGCGGAUAAUAUCAAAAAUCAACAGGAGUUGCUUCCAGUAAGAAUGGUUGAAUCAUAUUUUAAAGAGGAUGAAGACUACAUUUUUUUUGAUGAAAUACCCAAUAAUAUGAAUAUUCGUAUUAUUAUACGACUGCCAACUGAAUUUGCAAACAAUAGGAUAAAGUUCGUAGAUAAUACAACAAAAUUUUUUAAUGAGCUCUUGCGUCCCUUCAAUGAGGAAGUUAGUCGUGAUAAUGUUGAACAGUUGCUUUCCAAACUAUUACUACUUAAAUUGCAUAUUAAUUGCUAUUGUUGCGGUUGUUAUGAGUAUGAUAAAGAAGGAAUAACUAUGGGAAACAUUGAUUCGCAUAUUAAUAUUCUCAUUGAAUUUAUCCAAGAAUAUGAACGUGGUUGUAGUAAUAUGAGUUUGGAUCGUAACCAGGCAAUCCAAUCUUCAACUACUACGACAGAAAAUAAGAGAUAUCGACCAGAUAGCGCGGUAUAUUAUAAUAGAGUACUCGUAAUGAUGGGCGAGGCAAAAGGAAUUAACACUAAGUUAGAAGCUGCAGAAACACAAUUAGAUGGAUACUGUGACUAUUGGAAUACUCUCGCCUUGCCAUUUGUCAUGGCUUUUGCGGCAGCUGGUACAACCUUGCAAUUUUAUUAUUAUUAUCCCGGAAAUUAUAAACCAGAACGUACUUGGAAUUGCGAACAGUAUUUACAAGUUCCAAAGAUAAAAUUAUUUGAAGAGGGAAAUAUCUGGUACUUCAAUCGAAGUUUUAUGUUAAAAUUUACACCAGUUGGAUAUUUGACAAUUCCUAAACAUGAAAAUGAGCUGAGAGACGCCAUAUGGGAUGUGCUUAAUGUUGUGAAUAACCUUCAUGCAAAUAGAAUUGUUCAUCGGGACAUUCACUGGGACAACUCACAAAUGAUGAUUUAUGCAAAACAUGUCCAAGAUCUUUACAAAUUUUUAUGCAAUAAUUCUGUUAUCGUUCUACGUAACGGAAGUCCGACGCCAAAAGGCAAAAGAUUCCAACUUUUACACGAAGAGGACUGUGUUAUUCGUAGUCAACUAAUAUUUACGAAUUUUGAUGUUUAUUACUCCGAGUUGGAAAAUGUCAUCAUUUACUUUGCCGAAGGAGUGAACUCUUUUGCCAAAGAAGUGACCUCCAAGAAUCUAAAAACCGAACAUUUACAAUUCAAUUCCAGGAUUUAUGAUGAUUAUAAGAUAAAUGAUACUUUCCAACAAACUU